AUGACGGUUGUGACCCCAACCAUGACGGGUGUGGCCCCAACCAUCACAGGUGUGGCCCCAACCAUGACGGGUGUGGCCCCAACCAUGACUGGUAUGGCCCCAACCAUGACAGGUGUGGCCCCAACCAUGACAGGUGUGGCCCCAACUAUGACAGGUGUGGCCCCAACCAUGACGGGUGUGGCCCCAACCAUGACAGGUGUGGCCCCAACCAUGACGGGUGUGGCCCCAACCAUGACUUGUGUGGCCCCAACCAUGACUUGUGUGGCCCCAACCAUGACUGGUAUGGCCCCAACCAUGACAGGUGUGGCCCCAACCAUGACAGGUGUGGCCCCAACCAUGACAGGUGUGGCCCCAACCAUGACGGGUGUGGCCCCAACCAUGACGGGUGUGGCCCCAACCAUGACCAGUGUGGCCCCAACCAUGACCUGUGUGGCCCCAACCAUGACCAGUGUGGCCCCCAACCAUGACCAGUGUGGCCCCAACCAUGACGGGUGUGGCCCCAACCAUGACGGGUGUGGCCCCAACCAUGACGGGUGUGGCCCGAACCAUGACCAGUGUGGCCCCAACCAUGACCGGUGUGGCCCCAACCAUGACGGGUGUGGCCCCAACCAUGACCAGUGUGGCCCCAACCAUGACCAGUGUGGCCCCAACCAUGACGGGUGUGGCCCCAACCAUGACCAGUGUGGCCCCAACCAUGACGGGUGUGGCCCCAUGACCAGUGUGGCCCCAACCAUGACCAGUGUGGCCCCAACCAUGACCAGUGUGGCCCCAACCAUGACCAUUGUGGCCCCAACCAUGACCAGUGUGGCCCCAACCAUGACCAGUGUGGCCCCAACCAUGACCAUUGGUGGCCCCAACCAUGACCAGUGUGGCCCCAACCAUGACCAGUGUGGCCCCAACCAUGACGGGUGUGGCCCCAACCAUGACCGGUGUGGCCCCAACCAUGACCAGUGUGGCCCCAACCAUGACCAGUGUGGCCCCAACCAUGACGGUGUGGGCCCCAACCAUGACGGGUGUUGCCCCAACCAUGACCAGUGUUGCCCCAACCAUUACGGGUGUGGCCCCAACCAUGACGGGUGUGGCCCCAACCAUGACGGGUUGUGGCCCCAACCAUGA